AUGGAAGAAUCCAUCAACUACAUCAGAGGCUACAACAAAGUACACCCGGAUGGCGAAACGUCCGCCGCUCACCAUGAACCUCCCGCUCCGACACACCGUAGAACCAUUCCUGUCGUCAUUACAUUAACAAUCUUCACCAUCGUCAUCGGCACAAUUAUCACACUUCAAGUUGUUCGCCAGCGUCACCCACACAACAACCGCAGUUACAAGCCGCUGAGUACCGAGCAAUCAGUUUCAGUUAUUAACUCCGUGUGCGCAGUCACGCAGCAUCCGGAGUCAUGUUUAGCUCACGUCAGCACAGUUAACUCCAGUGACGUUGAUCCUAUGAUGAUUUUCAACAUUACGUUGCACCUCGCGGUUAAUGAGGUUGUUAAUGUGUCGUUGAUGUCAAAAACUCUAGUUAUGAAAGUGAAUGAUUUAUAUACUGGUUUGAUGUUUAGAGAGUGUGUGAGUUUGUUUGAUGAUGCGGUGAGUCGACUCAGUCGGGCGGUGGAGAUUGUGAACGGGGAUGGGGAGACAAUGGAGGGGAGUGUGGCGGAUUUGAUGACGUGGAUUAGCGCGGCGAUGACGGAUCAGGAGAGGUGUGUGGAGGGUUUGGAGGAGGUGGGAUCGAUGGUUGGGGAUGAGGUGAAGGUGAGGGUGAAGAGGUCGAGUGUGUACUUGAGUAAUAGUUUAGCAAUACUUGCUAAUAUGAAAGGGUUACUUGACCGGUUUGGGUUUCAGUUAUAUCAAGAUUCAUGA